AUGGAUCCGCCCCCGCCUCUCUCGCCCAACAAGGCUCCCUUCUCGCCUGGGAUGCCCAUCUUUCCUGCUAGCCCCGACCGCGGUGCAGGCUCAAGAUCUCCGUAUGGCGACUCUAGGGGGUCAUCACCAGUCCUAUCGCCAUCUACGCCGAACCUCCGUCCCCACUCGCCGCUACGACAUACACACCGCCGAACCGACUCCGAUGUCUCCGUCACAGCACUCGCAGGCAUGUUCGAGAACCUCGAGGUUAAGGACCCAAAAGAAGCAUGCAAGCGGUUCAAGGAACUGCUCGACAAGGAGAGAAUACGACAUGCAGAGAAGUUGCACAAGAUCGAGAAGGAACAUGCCAAGAAGGAACGGGAACAGGAAAUGGCACUGAGCAGACGCGACAUUCGCAUUGAUGAGCUGAAGAGUGAACUCGAGCACGCGAGCGGGUCACUGGGGGAGGCCAUUACCAAGGAACGAUACGAGAAGGAACGCGAGGCGAGCAAAGCUGCCAUCAAAAAGUGGGAGAAGAUUUUUAAGGAAAACGAAGAGAAGUGGAGGGGUGACCGGGCUAGGGCGAUGGAAGCAGAGCGACGUAGCCAAGUCUACGAAGGCAAAUAUCGUCACGCUAAGAAGGAGUUCAUCGAUGCCAACAACGAGAAGCUACGGACUUCCGCGAUGAUACCACAGCUCCAGUCUAAGAUGCAGGGGCUCCAGCGCAGCCUACAGCGGGUCGAGUCGGAUGUCAAGUUCAAGACCGAUGAAGCCGCCAAGUACAAGAACGAGGUGUAUAACCUGCAACUUGAGAUUGAGAGUGUCUCCAACCGACUGAACGAAGAAGUGCAGACACUGUCAGAAAAGCUGGGCCUUGUAGAGGGAGAACGCGACGCUCUUAAGACGAGUUUGAAAGAGGAGGAGGUCCUACGCAUCGCUGCCGAAGGCCAAAUACCGCUCCCAUCCGCCGACCGCGAAGAGACCGACGAAUUCGCGUCACCCGUUCGAUCACCACGCAAGCCACGCAACAUCUCGCGUGAGGACGACGACAAAGAAAAUGUGUCUCCAAAGAAGAACGCAGUUGAUCUGCGUUUCGUUCAGCAGGAGCUUGCGGCAGAGAGGCGUGCCCGCGAGCGCGCCGAAGAGCAGAUCGACUUCAUGAAGAUGGAAUGCCAGUUCCAGUGCUGCUCUUGCCGCAUUGCUGAGAACACCGGAAAGCAUUACGUUCACGACAACUCCCUAGAAGCUGAGAUGCAGCGCAUCAAGGUCUCGCUACCCAUUUCCACACCUCCGCCUAGCAACCACGGAGACGAACUCAUGGAGGACGUAAUGAUCAAGCAGGAGUCUGUUGAGAAUGAGCGCCCCAUCACACCACCGGAAGACGUCGUAGUCAAGACAGAGGCCGAGGAGCCUGAGACAGUUGUCGCCUUCUCCCCUGACACAGGAACCUUCCGUUCUGUGCCCUCUCCCAUGAAGUCGCGCCCAUCGACAGACUUGACAACACCUGCAGAACCAUUGCCCGUAGUUGAGAUGACCGAUGCACCGGCGGACAAUGCCAACAUGCGCAACUCAGUCCUUCCUGCUGAGGUAUCUCUACCACAGUCUCGCCCAGCAUCGAGGGUAGACUUUGUUCUUCCUGCUCGUAGGGAGAGCAAGGCCGUAGACAUCAGCAUCCACGAAGAUGCCGUCGAUGACAGCGAAGAUGAGGAUAUGUCACCACCGACGCCGGACCGGGAGCCUACAGGUCCUGCGACUCCCUAUCUCACCCGCACAAUCACCACCACCACUACCAUCCCUCUUCACUUCUCUCCUGCCACUCCGGCAUUCAAGCCCGGCCGAGGGCCUAUGACUCCUUCAACUAUAGCACAUGCUGCAGCCAAUGCACAGACGCCUGUCUUGGGUGAACUGUCACUCAACAAGCUGGGCAUCGACCGAGAAGCCGCUCUCGCAGCAAUCCGUGAACGCAGAGGACGUGCUAGAAGCAUGGCCGCUGGUCACGGAACGCCAAUGAAGCAGAUGGUCGAAGGUGCGAAGGACCGCAGAGACAUCAGUGCGCCUGUGACUCGAGUACGAAGUGUAUCGCGGAAGCUAAGAUAA